CUUUUUUUUUUUUUUUCGAGAUCUGUCUUAACCUUUGCUUCUCUCUCUCUGCUUUUUGCACUUGUUCCUGACGCAAAUAGUCCUCUCGUCGUCGAUCUCGCUUUGUGGAAUUGGUCUUUGCAAUCCCAUCCACGUUCAUCGAUCUGAUCUUGCAAACGACCCCCCCCCCAUCAGCAGAGGCAAAGCGGAACAUUGAAAAAAGAAGGAAAAAAAAAGGAUGACCAUCUCGCUUGGCUUGACGGCGAUGCUCCAACGACGCUCGCACGCGUUGCUCGAGAUCAGCAGGCAGCAGGCGCGGGCGCAGGCACGGCAGGAACUGGCAGGGUGGAGGCAGCUCGCGGGCCGCAGGGCACUGAGCACCAGCCCACUCGCAGCCAACUCCUCUGUGCUCUCUGCUGGAGCCGCCACCGGCCAUCCCACUCCUGUUCAAGCAGCUGCGCUGGGAGGACUGUCGCUGGCAUCGCGAUUGCACACAACCAUCGCGCUGAUGCGGACCGCACGCUUGCCGCAGUACACGCUCGGCGCCGUGCUCAGCUCGCGGGUGCAGCAGUUUGCGUCUGCCGCUCCUCGCAACAACCGACCACCGCGCGGACAGGACCGAGCGGAAGAGACGGAUGACAAGAGCAAGCGCAACAAGCAGUCCUCCUCCAACGAUGCAGAGAACAAGGGCGAGCAAGGCAACAAGAAGGGCAAGGACAACAGCAACUUUGAGUUUGAGUUCCAGCCAAGCAAGUUUGCGCUGCCCGCCUUCGUGCUCGGCACCAUGGGCCUCGUCUUCUUGGGCACCACCUCACAGCGAUCGCGCGAAACCACCUGGCACGAGUUCCGCUCAACCAUGCUCGACAAGGGUCAGGUGGAGCGCCUCACUGUCGUCAACCGAUCCUACGUUCGCGUCAAGCUGCGCGACCCGCAUGCACCCCACUACUGGUUUGCCAUCGGAAGUGUUGACACCUUUGAGCGCCAAAUGGAGCAGGCCCAGAAGGAGCUGAACAUUGAACCCCGCGAGUUUGUGCCCAUCUCGUAUCUCACCGAGGCCGACUACUCGUCUGCACUGCUCAGCCUCGCUUCGCCCCUCAUUUUCUUUGGCGUCAUGAUCUGGCUCAUCCGGAAAAACCUGUCUUCUGCUGGCCCCUCCCUGCGUGGAGGUCCCGGAGGAAUGUUCAACUUUGGCAAGGCCAAGCAUCGCUUUUACAAUAAGGAAACCAACAUUGGCAUCAAGUUCAAGGAUGUGGCUGGCUGCGAGGAAGCCAAGGUCGAAAUCAUGGAAUUUGUCAACUUUUUGAAGCAUCCGAGCGUCUACCGCGAGCUGGGCGCCAAAAUCCCCAAGGGCGCCGUCCUGUCCGGACCACCUGGCACGGGCAAAACCCUGCUGGCCAAGGCGACUGCCGGUGAGGCAGGCGUUCCGUUCCUGAGCAUUUCGGGCUCUGAGUUUCUGGAAAUGUUUGUCGGUGUGGGCUCGUCGCGCGUUCGCGAUCUCUUUGAGCAGGCUCGCGAGAAUGCCCCUUGCAUCAUUUUCAUUGACGAAAUCGACGCCAUCGGUCGCGCUCGUGGUCGUGGUAACAUGUCUGGCUCGCACGACGAGCGCGAAAACACGCUCAACCAACUGCUCGUUGAAAUGGAUGGCUUUGACUCGACCACAAACGUGAUCGUGCUCGCGGGCACCAACCGCGUGGACGUCCUGGACCCUGCUCUUCUCCGCCCUGGCCGCUUUGACCGCAACAUUGUCAUUGACCGACCCGACAUUAAGGGUCGCAACUCCAUCUUCCGAGUCCACCUCAAGCCCAUCAAGCUGCACCCGUCGAUUGUCCUGCAAGAGCUCUCUCGCAAGCUGUCCGCGUUGACGCCUGGCUUCACUGGUGCCGAUAUCGCGAACGUUUGCAAUGAAGCCGCCCUCAUUGCUGCCCGCUAUGCCGCCGAGUUUGUCGAGGAAAAGCACUUUGACCAGGCGAUUGAGCGUGUCAUUGCAGGUCUCGAAAAGAAGAACAAGGUGCUUUCGCCAGAGGAGAAGAAGGUUGUUGCCUAUCACGAAGCCGGCCACGCCACCGUCGGCUGGUAUUUGGAGCAUGCCGAUCCUCUAUUGAAGGUUUCAAUCAUUCCUCGAGGCUCUGCUGCGCUUGGCUAUGCUCAGUACCUCCCUCAAGAAAACUACUUGUACUCGAUGGAACAGUUGCGUGAUCGUAUGUGCAUGACCCUUGGUGGCCGUGUGGCGGAAGAAGUGUUUUUUGGCCGCAUUACUACCGGCGCCCAAGACGAUCUGAGCAAGGUGACCAAGCUGGCCUAUGGUCAAGUCGCCAAGUUUGGUAUGAACCCGCUGGUUGGCCCCUUGUCAUACGACUUGCCCGGAGAGGACGAUCCAAUGCUCGAGAAGCCGUACAGCGAGGCAACAGCCCAGCUGAUUGACGAACAGGUGCGCAAGCUCGUCCAGGACGCUCUUGAGCGGACUCGCGCGCUGCUGACCGAGCGGCGUGCUGAGGCGGAAAAGGUGGCUCAAUUGUUGCUCGAGCGCGAGGUGAUUUCGCGCCACGACAUGACCGAGCUGCUUGGCAAGCGACCCUUCGUGGAAAAGCACGCGUACGAGGACUUUGUUGCGGGCACUGGUGCCGAAGAGGAGGAUUUGAAAUUGCCCCCUGGUCUAGCUGCCCAGCGUGCUGCUGAUGAAGCGGCGGAGGCCGCCAAGGCUGCCAAAGAGGCGGACAAGAAGCAAAAGGCCUCUGACAACAACGAGGACGAAGACGAGGACGACGAGGACGAUGACGACCAAUUUGACGAUAACGAUCGCAAGUCGCGCAAUGCCAGGAAGGCAAACAAGCCCAAGGUCCAAGUGUGGCAGGUCUCGUGGCAAUGGCCUCCCAAGUCGAAGAAGAAUUCCAAGUAAAGAUGUACUUUGAUUUUGAUUUGUUUGGGUUUUUCUACAGUAGCUUGCUUGUAGAUUAAAAAAAGUUGUAUUGCUCGA